AUGGGCGCGGCCACCGGCCUGGCCACCGGCCCCGUCUGGAACCAGCAGUUCCUCUCAGGCGUGACGUCGGGGCGCAACAUCCGACACCUGCCGUGCGUGUCGCGGCGCUCGGGCGAGACGGGCGUGUGCAUGUUCGCGUACACGUGCAUGAAGGCCAACGGCACGCACCUGGGCACGUGCAUUGACCGCUUCUACUUCGGGUCAUGCUGCAAGGUGGACCAGGAUGUGCUGGACUCGCUGUCGCCCAACGACAACGUCAUAAGUAACCAGGUCUCUCUGCACUCUGGAGGCUCCGCACCGAGCGCUGGCGACAUCCCCGGCCGCCCGGCCGUGGCCGCGCCGGCCCCGCCGCCACCAAGACUGCCGUCACCGCGGCCUCCGACGGGGCAGGUCCCCAGCGAGAACCACAUCGACCACGUGUUCCACAGCACGGCGGCGCCCGGGCCGACGGCGGGCUACGUGAGCGUCAUCCUGCAGAACCCGCCGCUGUCCACGCCACUGCCACUGGCCCGGCCCGGCGCGCCGUCGUCGGCCCAGCCAGCUCCGACGACACCGACCGCCGCCACGGAGCAGUCCUUCUUGUUGUCCACGUUCCAGUCCGUCCAGGACGGCGGCAACAAGCCCUUCAAGCCCACCGCCAAGCCGGCGGCGGCCUCCCCCACCAAGGCCCCGGCCACGACCCGGCCGACCACGCAGAGGCCGGGGAGCAAGCCGGGGAGCACGGUAACGCCCACCAAGAGGCCCACCACCACGCCCACCAAGCGGCCCGCCACCAAGCCCACCUCCGCCAAGCCGGGCACCACCACGAAGAGGCCGUCGUCCACCAAGCCCACGGCGUCCACCGCGCGGCCAGGCGCCACCUCCUCCUCGACAACCUCGGCGGCCACGACCAAGCCUAGACCUAAGCCGACCGCUACCCCGACGACGAAGCGACCGACAACACAGCGGCCGUCAUCCACGCAGGCCAACAGCACCAAGAGGCCAUUGCAGCAGACAACACAACAGACUUCACAAACGACUAGGCCAAGGCCGACGCAGACCAAUAAGCCCACUCGACCCAGCACCACGACGACCAAGAGGCCCGCGUCGACGCAACCGGCAUCCACUAGGCCGCCUGCGACGACGACCACCACCACGACGACAACGACGACCAAGCCUGUCUUCUUCAAACCGACCACGACCCAGAGGCCGGCGCCGACCACGACGCAGCGCGACGAGGAGGCCGACGGCGCCACCACGCUCGAGGAGGCCGCCAUCCUGUCCAACGAGAUCUCCCCCGUCGGCGUGGCCGGGCCCUCCUCGACCAAGAGCCCGGCGGACGACAUCGAGGAGAACCUCAACGCCAUCGUGGACCCUCACCGGCCGGGCGUGGGGCCCACCACGCCGUCAGCCACCCUGGUCACGUGGUCCUGGGUCACCGACGCGGACACGCCGAGCCCCAAGCCCACGCUCGCCGCCGAGCCCCUGGAGCCCCUGGAGCCCGUCACCCAGUACCCGUCCACCACACUGGACGUGGAGACGACCCCGGACCAGUGGGUGCAGGUGGAGGUGUCCACGCUGCGGCCCACCCCGGCCCCCGCCACCAGCACGAGCCACUUCGGCACGCCGCCCAGGCCCACGGCGAGGCCGUCGGUCACCCAGCGGCCCACGGCGGGCACCGCGGGCACCACGCCGGGGGCCACCUUCGCCACCUUCGGGACCUCGCCCACCACCCUGGGCACUACGGCAGGCACCACGGCUGGCACCACGGUCGGCACCACAGCUGGGACCACAGCGGGCACCACCGUACCCGCGGCCAGGCCCACCACCACGGAGGGUGAGUACCACGCCGGUUGCUGGUUUGGCUGCCUGGACCGCGGAUCAAAGGGUUGGCUGUAG